GUCAUGAUUAAUAUUUGGAUAGUAUCGUUAAAUUAUUUGUAAAAAAAAUGGGCACCGAAGUUAAAUUAGACCAGGAUUUUCUCUUUUACUUAGACUUUACCAGCAUAUUCAUUCAAAAAAUCAAAGAAGACGACCAAAAAGCUUUAGCAGAUGAGUGGCUGACAAAGUUGUGCAGCGAAAGAUGUGUGGGUGCGGAAAGAAAAAGGUGCCGAAAUAUAUACUUGGCCCAACUGCUGUUGCAAAUGCAAGAAGGCAAGUUGAAAGGAGAGUUCCUUAAAAAGCCUUGCGAGGUGGAUAUAAUAACUGCCAUGGACAUAUUUCAGCCCAUGCCGGAAGACUUGGAUGAAGCCUGGCUCGAAGAUGUGGAUUUAAGGAAACCCGCUGAAGCACCACCUGCCAGGUGCGUGGGCAACACGAUAGUGGCAUCGCGCACACUAAAAAACGGUCAAGGUGCCUUUGCCUACCUUGGGUUGUCUUUGGCCGAUUGCGAGCCCAAGUGGAUGAGCAACGAAGGCUCCGGAGAUCUGGCACCGAUGCAGAAAGUCUUGGCUAAAAGAAAAACACCACAAGAACGACAGAACUGCGUUAAUUUUUUUGACGUUUUGUUGCAAAGCAUCAAAAACGAACUGGACGGAGAACAGGUGGAUGAAAAUGAAGUGGUUGAUAACUGUUUAGAGAGUUUAAUAAAAGAUCUUAUGGAGAAGAACGAAUAUGCUGUAUAUGAAGCAAUGGAAGACAAAGAAAAAAGAAAUGAGUUAUUGAAGCUUCUUCAAGAAAAAGUUGUCAAAACCAAAGAUCAGGUCUUGAAAAGAACCGAAGCUCUCGACAGCUUGGUGAGCAGGAUCUACCCGAACGCUCCCACCACUUUCAGCAAAAAAGGCAACCGAUUCGACUUGAACCAACCGAAGGUGUGCGCGGCCAAGAACAAAGAGCAGCCGCCGGCACCGAUGGGCGUGAAGCUGAAGCCCUCGGUACCAUUCGUACCCGAUAGAAAGAAGCUGAGCGACCAAAUGUGGGCUCAGGCUGCAGCUAACGCGCCGGCCAAAAAGAACAUGAUCAAACUGGUCGAUGUGUAUUCCAAGGAAGUUAUAGAGAGAUUUUUGGUUUUGUUACGAGAUACCAAAGGUAUACUGUUGGAGAGAUACCAAAAUAGACACGAAAUGAUAGUAAAUCAAAUGCAAAGCGAACUAUCUGAUGCUAUAGUCAAGAAUAUGAUGAAACUUAACGAAACCCAAAAAGAAUACAAAAAAUUCCAAGGCAUCUUGGCAAUGGUAAAAGAAAGAUUCAUAUUGUAUCAGAAGAAGGUGCAAGAGGCGUUUAAACCACCAGAACAAGACAACCAAAAACAAUUAGAUGAAAUGAAUGAUAUGUUAAAGGCAGUAGCGGCAUCUGUUAACAACGAAGCAAAUAGAGGCAAAGCUCUAUCGGAUGAAGUAAAUACGGUGAUGGCCCAGCUGGAUAAAUACAAAGACGUUCUAAAGGAUAUAAUAUCUAAAUCUGAACGUGCCAAUUCCUCGGUGGAGGCUCAAAUACAAAAAAUGAUUGAAGCUCUCGAUAACAAUAAAGACCGACUAAAAAAACUUAAAGCUGCCUUAAAGAAAUUGGAAAAAUCCAGAAUUAAGGAACGGUUAUGCGACGAUGAAUAAUGUGUAUUUUUGAUAAUAAAAUAUGUGAUGAG